AUGAAGCCGAGUGCCUUCUUGGCCUGUCUGGCAGUUGCUGCCCAGCCCAUCCACAGCGCCGCUAUCGACGACGCGCUAGCAGACAUCUCCAUCUCCGUACCCCAACCCAUCGUCGAGCGCGACAACAUCAAGUUCGAGGACUUGGUCAAGCGGAAAGGUGGCGGCGGCGGCGGUGGUAGAGGAGGAGGAUCAUCCGGCGGAGGCUCCCGUGGCGGCGGCUCUUCUGGUGGAAGUAGAGGAGGUUCUUCGUCUUCCGGUGGAAGAACUGGUUCCUCUGGCUCAUCCGGUUCAAGUUCUGGCUCCGGUUCAGGCUCUCGCGGUGGAUCCGGCGGACGAACUGGUAGUGGUCGGACCGGCCUUGGCUCACCGAGCUCUGGCACCGGCGGUCGCACGACCACCGGCAGUGGACCCCGGCCUGCCUACGGCGGUGGCAACGCCUAUAGUGGCGGCGCGUCUGUCCCCUACCGUGCUGGUCAGACCCGGGGCUCAGUUGUCCCGUUUGCACUCGGUGGUGCCGCUCUUGGUGGUGCCGCAGCCCUGGCCUUCUGGCCUGGUAUCUGGUACCACCCGGUCUACUACUAUCCCUACCACAACCCGCACACGUACCACAACCAGUCGAGCGGCAAGAACGAGACCAAGCCCGUGGCCUGCGCGUGCGACGAGACCGUCGAGUGCAGCUGCGAGGAGAACGCCAACACGACUACUGUCGUGAACGAGCUCAUUGGCAACGGCUCGAUCAAUGCCAUGAACUCAUCCGUCGUUGCGCUUGGCAAUGUCAACGGGACUGAGACCAUCCUGAUAAAUGGCACGCUGCCCAACGGCACGACUGCCGCAGGAGGUACAGAGUCUCCUGAUGGCGACGACGACGACGACGACGGCAGCGGCACCAACGGCUCCGAGGGCCUCAAGGUCCUGUUGCAGCAUGCUGGCUACUGGCCGGUCCUAGCUACCGUCUGUGCUACCGUCUUCCUGUUGUAA